AUGGCCGCAGCUGAAAUGUCCGUCAGGAGACGACUAAAGAGGAGCUGGACGAAAGAUCUUCUUUCCUGGAUUAAGGAUGUAAAUCGAAACCAGGAAAAGGAAGAACCGUCUGUAACAGAAGCCCUUCGCCCUAUAGGAACACGCACCGGAACUACACGCAGCAGGACAGCACCGGAUCACGAAGAGCGAGCAGCAGUGUAAGCCAGGUUUCGGGCGACGAGCGAAGGCAUCUUUGCGAACACACCAAACUGAACGCCGAAGCUGGUGGAAUCGCAGCGUAUGGUUCCGUGGUCUACCAGCUCAACCAUGCGAAUCUCGAGGCAACUGGGACCUGCGAUUUCUUGGCCAGAGCUUUGGGCAUAGUCUACAGGACAGUUGUUGUUACGGUUGCCUUAGUAUGCUUGACAGCAUUGCCCAUCAUCAUGUUCAUCAUGGGUAUCCAGUUCGUGAGAGACUGCCCUAAGGAGCCGAGGAUCCCGAUCUACAUGAUCGUCGGUGGCUCCUUCGGGACGAUCAAGAUGUUGUGGAUGAUCUGGAGGCAGGUGCGGUCGAGGAGGUUCGAGCGGCGGCAGCAGCGCGGAAUGGCCCCGGCACUCUCCGCUCCCAGCAGGGUCGCCGACUUCUUGCUAACCGCCUUCCUUCUCGUCUGGUUCGUCUGCGGCAACACCUGGAUCCUCAGCAUCUACUGGCCCCAGUUCGAGCCCAAGCUCUUCGACCCCAACAACUGGUGCCACAAGUCCCUCUACAUCUUCGCCUUGGUGCAUCUCGGCGUACUCUAUUCAAUCGUAGGUAUAAUUAUCCUCAUGUCCCUCCUCUUCUUGGCCUGUCAGCUCUCCAGCAGCCUCUUCGUAUCAUGUGAGUAUUAAUAUCGUAUAAUAUUAGUCUAGUUUGAUGUAUUAAUUUCGUUUUAAACUUACAACGCCCUAUAAAAUUUUGCGUAGAGCAACACUUAUAAUUUAUUACCCUAUAAAUUAUUUUUAAAAAAAUUGAUAAUAUUUAACUUAAUUUGUUAAAAAAAAAAAUAGAACAAACCAUAUUUAACUAACCAAAACAAAGCUUUGGAAUUGGUUGUAAGGGGUAUAAAACAAAUAUUAAUAAACAUGUAUAAUGAGCUAUAACGUUUGGGCAGAUCAACAGAGAACGGAUUUUAUAGAUUUAUUUAUAUUUUUAAUGUAUUAAUAACAUCAAAACCCUUUCAGGCAUUUUAAUAAUUUUCACAUAUUUUUAUUUUGUAUACGAAUAAUAGAAAUACAGAUUUUUUAAAUAUUCCUUUGACACUCUCUUUGUUUACCAUUAUUCAUUUUAAGCUGGAAAAGUACCAAUGCAAUGGAGCCUCUCCAAUACGUGAAUCAACGUGUAUAAUGUGUACAAGUACAUAAUAUAUUCAAUUGUUUUGUUGAGAUAUUUUCGAGAAUAUCAAACCAAAAAAAAAAAAAAAUAAUAAAAAUAAAAACCUACAAUGACACGAACAAUUAAUUAUUAUGUAUAUACUUAUUUAGUCUGUGGUGCAGACCCCUUUUUAUCGAAUUAUUAACAUCCGCCUGAAACUUCAUAAAUAGUUUCAUCUCAUCGUAACCUACAACUAUUUUAUUUACAAAACUCUUGGAAUUGGGGCGUUUUCAAUCUGGAGGGGGUCAAACUUUGUCUAUCUAAUUAGGUACAAAAAAAAAAAAAACGAAAAUAACUAUUCGCUUUCUACUUGGAUCGUCAGAUAUUUUGAUCACGAAAUCGAUAAAAAAAGUUGCCCUCAAAAAUAUUGAGCCGUUUGGCAUGACCUACACUCCCAAAUUUUCAAAAUAACAAGGUUAUACAGGAAAAACGACCCAAUAUUUGUGAAGGCCACAUUUCUUAUCGAUUUUGUGAUCAAAUUACGGUAAAAUCCAAGUAGAAACGAAAUGGGUAUUUACGUAUUUUUAAUACCUAAUUAAAUAGAU